CAGAUAAAUAGUUUUAAUUAAGCAAGUUAGUACAUACCAAAACCAAUACUAAGCAUUUUCAACGCUCAAACCAGCAGACUUUCCAUUUCCAUUCCGGCAAAUCGAGCUCAAUCAAAUAUCAUUUUGACUCUAUAAGAUCAGUGAGGAAGAAACUAUCGUUGAGAGAGGUCUACGGAUUCAAGUUCAAAUAUAAAUAAAAUAAAAAUGGAAAACAAAAUCAUUAAUUUCGGUGCUGGUCCAGCUAAAUUACCUGAAGAGGUCUUAAAAGAAGUUCAAAAGAACCUCAUCGAUUAUGAAGGAACAGGUCUUAGUGUCAUGGAAAUGUCACAUCGAUCUGCUGGCUACUUCAAAAUCAAUGAAGACGCCAUGAACGAUCUCAGAGAAUUAGUUGGAGUUCCAUCCAAUUAUAAAAUUCUCUUUAUGCAAGGUGGUGGCACUGGAAUGUUUUCAGCUGUGUGCCUGAACCUAAUGGGACGUACUGGCACAGCUGAUUACCUUGUCACGGGAUCAUGGUCUGCCAAGGCAGCCAAAGAAGCUACACAAUAUGGCUCGGUCAAUUUGAUCUUGCCAAAAGUACAAAAAUACACCUCAGUUCCAAGACAAAGCACUUGGAGCUUAGAUCCCAAUGCCUCAUAUGUCUAUUAUUGUGACAAUGAGACAGUUGAUGGUGUAGAAUUUGAUUUUGUGCCAGAAACCAAGGAUGUUCCAUUGGUAUGUGACAUGUCAUCGAAUUUCCUAUCUAGACCCAUCGAUGUUAGCAAAUUUGGAGUAAUUUUUGCUGGAGCACAGAAAAAUGUUGGAACAGCUGGUAUUACUGUGGUCAUUGUAAGGGAAGAUUUAUUGGGGAAGCCAAUGAAGAUAACACCAUCAAUUCUAGAUUUCACUAUUACAGAAAAAAACAACUCAAUCUAUAAUACCCCACCGACUUUUAUUGUUCACGUUAUGAGCCUUGUUUUCAAAUGGAUUAAACGCAAUGGUGGUCUACAAGGAAUGUACAAUAACUCACUCGUCAAGUCGAAACUCAUUUACGAUAUUAUUGACAAGUCCAACGGUUUCUAUGCGUGCCCAGUUGAUAAGAAUGUCAGAUCCCGCAUGAAUGUUCCCUUCAGAAUUGGUUGCGCCUCAGGUCAUGAAGACUUGGAAACAGAAUUCCUUAAACUUUGCGAAAGCAAACAUUUGAUUCAAUUGAAAGGUCAUAGAUCAGUUGGAGGCAUAAGAGCAUCUCUUUACAAUGCCAUGACCAUUGCUGAGACACAAAUUUUGGCAGAUUUAAUGGAAAGCUUCUUUGGAAAUAAGAAAAGAUAAAUUUAAGAAGAAAUAAACAUUUGUAAUGUUUGGACUGUAUUAGAUAUAACAUUUAAAAGAAAAAUUUAAAUAAAAUAAUUCAUUGAAGUA